UUCCUUUCAAUCUCUUUUGAUUACCAAUUUGUACAACACCAGCUACUCACGGGCCCAAAGAUUUCACAACCCUCUCACCUCCAAACCAUAAAUCAAAUGCUUCAGAGACAAGCCCAAGCUGUACCAGCACAUUUGUAUUCUUAGAACCUCUUCCAGAAGAAGCCCCUCCUCUCUCUCUCACCAUGAAUCCCAGAAUCCUCAUUGUUCUUGUUCUAGUUCUUUUAACGAAGACCCUAUCCCUUGAAACUGAUCCAAAGCCCACCUCCAACAUCACUGUGAUGGGCACCGUCUUCUGUGAUGCCUGCUCUAACAGCACCUUCUCCAAGCACAGCUACUUCUUGCAAGGUGUUAAAGUGCGAGUUGAAUGCAACUUCAUAGUGAAUUCCACAUCCAAGGAAGACAUAUCGAUCAUGGUCGACAGAACCACAGAUAAAUAUGGAGUUUAUAGGCUCGACAUCCCUCCGGUCGACGGCUUUGAAUGCAGGGAGGGCCGGGAGAUGGAAUCCUUCUGCCGGGCGACCUUGAUGGGUAGUCCAUCUUCCCUUUGCAAUGUCCCUGGCUUGAGCAGCUCAACUGAGCAUGUGGCAAUCAAAUCUAGAGAUGCCAGUUUGUGUGUCUAUAACUUGAAUGCUUUGUAUUAUAGGCCAGCCAAGAAGGAUCCUACUUUGUGUGGGACUGAUACAGGACAACCAUCUAGCUCUCUGAAUUCCUCAUUGUUCUUCUGGCCUCCCUUUUUCUCACCAUUCCCUUUCCCCUUCCCAAGUCCACCAUCAUUCCCUUUCCCAUUCCCUCACAUUCCAUUCUUGACCCCACCACCAUCUUUUCCUUUCCCUUUACCCCCUUGGUUUUCACCUCCAAGUCCACCAUCUUUUCCUUUUCCCUUCACCCCAGCACCAAAGCCACCAGCUUUCCCUUUCCCUCCAAUACCAUUUCUUUUUCCACCACCACCUCCUCCACCAUCAUUCCCCUUUCCACUGCCACCUUUUCCUCCAUUAACUCCAAUCCCCUUUCCACCAAUGCCUCCCUUCACUCCAAUUCCAUUUCUAUCACCGCCUCCACCACCGCCACCUCCACCUCCACCACCAUCUUUUCCUUGGCCAUUCCCACCUUUCCCAUUUCCUCCUUUCCCUCCUGGUCCAAAACCUGGCCAGCCAUCACCACCUCCACCAGUGCUUUCGCUAAGAGACCCAAAGACUUGGUUUCCUUCCCUUCCUCCAUCCCCCCCCUAAUAAACCAUAGAACCACCAUCCACUGUUGCAGCUUUCUUUACCAAUCACCAUAGUUUCUAUUUUAUUUUAUUUUAUUUUGUUUCAUUUUAUAUUUAAAGUGCGCAUUGUACAAGUUAUUGAUCAUAUAUUGUAAACAAUAACAGAACUACAAAAUACUUUGUUAGUUUACAAUGUCACAGCGGUUUAUGGAAUUUACUUGAUCUCGUGUAACCUACAGAUAAGCAACGAACAACUACCUGCUUUG